GUGUCAUGAGCAGCAAACAUUCCUCGCGCAGCUGAGAGUCAGUGAGUGAACAGGGACAUGAUAUCGACUGUCAGUGCUGCUCUUCCCCGCACACAACAUGGGCUCCACCGCCCAUACCACCAAAAACAGAGCGCCAGCUCCACUGCAAUGCCCCAGACUCGGUUCUGUGUCGUGGAUCGCGUGCAUUGUUGAGCUAUUUGAGGUGUAAAAUGUGGGUUAUGGUGCUGUGGACUCAGGACAAGAUGGCAGCAGUAUGAGAAACACACAUCUACAUGCUGCGAGUUCAGUUGAAAUGUGUAAAAUGAUCGGAGAAGACCUGGAUUAUAUCUACUGUUAGUCCGUGUGAAAGGUAUGGCCUCACAAGUCUUGGUCUACCCACCACAUGUUUUCCAAACUCAUACAAGUGCCUUUUGUAGUGUGAAGAAACUCAAAGUUGAGCCUAGUAACUGUGUUUACCAUGAGAGGACCUACCCACAGACAUACAUGAAUGGUAGAACCCUUGGCAUUGCUUACCCAUCAAAACGUACCGCUUCAUUUAAGACACAAGAUUCUGUGAUUGGCAGACACCCCAGGCAGGAGUUUCCAUUACAAACGGCUGCUGUGCGCGGUGUUCGACGUCAGCAUACCACCAUAUCGGCACAGCCACAAAAGAGGGUCAUCUCCUCUCAGGAAAAGGAGUUGGAGCAUCAGGAAAAAGGAAGGGGUUGCAGCAGUGGAGCUACAGGGGCAGCUGGAAGGAGUAGGGGAGAGGGAAGUGGCAGUCAAGGAGGAGGAGGUGAAGGACAGGGAGAAGGUGACGAAGGUGGUGGAGGAGAGGACGAGGGUGACUUGGAAGACUGUGGAGGUUUUAACUUGCAAGACAGUUCACAGAGAUGUGGGCUGAAACGUAAGAGCGGGGAACUGGAGAACUUGGGAAGUGCCAUGCAGAUUGUAGAAGACCUGUCAAUGUUACCUGCAAUGUUGCAAUCAAAUGUGGGAAACCCACCAGUUGCGGUGCCAGGGGCAGUUGGUGGAGGGCCUGCAAAGCCAGGUGGAAAUUCUGGAAAUGGGGAUGGAGACUACCAGUUGGUGCAGAAUGAGUUGCUUUGCUCUUUGAAGAACACCUACGAGGUGUUAGACUUCCUCGGCCGAGGUACUUUCGGCCAGGUAGUGAAAUGCUGGAAACGAGGCACCAGUGAGACUGUGGCGGUGAAAAUCCUGAAGAACCAUCCAUCGUAUGCACGACAGGGCCAGAUUGAAGUAGGCAUCCUGGCACGCCUCAGCAGCGAGAAUGCAGAUGAGCAUAAUUUAGUGCGAGCUUUCGAGUGUUUCCAGCACCGCAGCCACACUUGUCUUGUGUUUGAGAUGCUGGAGCAGAACCUGUACGACUUUCUCAAGCAAAACAAAUUCAGCCCGCUUCCUCUGAAGGUGAUCCGUCCCAUUCUUCAGCAGGUGGCCACGGCGCUAAACAAGUUGAAGGCCAUGGGACUGAUCCACGCGGACUUGAAGCCUGAGAACAUCAUGCUGGUGGACCCUGUACGGCAGCCCUACCGGGUGAAAGUCAUAGACUUUGGCUCAGCCAGUCACGUCUCCAAAGCCGUCUGCUCGACGUACCUCCAGUCGCGGUACUACAGGGCUCCAGAGAUCAUUCUUGGCCUGCCUUUUUGUGAAGCCAUAGACAUGUGGUCGCUGGGAUGUGUGAUUGCUGAGCUCUUCUUGGGCUGGCCUCUCUACCCAGGAGCCCUAGAGUUUGACCAGAUCCGCUACAUUUCUCAGACGCAGGGUCUGCCAGGAGAACAUCUGUUAAAUGUGGCGACGAAGACAUCUCGCUUCUUUUGCCGGGAGUCGGACUCGCCGUAUGCGGCCUGGAGACUUAAAUCCACAGAAGAGCACGAGGCAGAGACGGGGCUCAAAUCAAAAGAAGCCAGAAAGUACAUCUUCAGGUGUUUGGAUGACAUGGCGCAUGUGAAUCUUGUGAUGAAUCUGGAAGGCUGUGAUUUGUUGGCAGAGAAGGCUGAUCGUGUAGAGUUUGUGGGUUUGCUGAAGAGAAUGUUGUUCAUCGAUGCAGAGGAAAGAAUCGCCCCGAGUGAUGCCCUUAGCCAUCCUUUUGUUACCAUGCAACACCUGCUAGACUUCCCCCACAGCAACCAUGUCAAAUCGUGUUUUCACAUUAUGGACGUGUGCUGCUCAAGACCAGGCAGUUAUGAGUCUCUCAGUCGGACCAAGGCUCCAUUUGUCAGGACUGUCCCGAGCACUGGUGCAGCACCCAACAUUACCCUGCCCUUCUGCAAGGUGACCGGCAUUCACACUCAGUAUGAUGGUCGAGUCUGGGUUUGGUGGAUACCAGGAGAACAUUACCUGCCUGAUUUCAUUGUGCCAACUGUAAAGGCUUUAGCUUCAUCUGCUUCUUCAGUGAUGCAUGCUGGGAUACCUCUCCAGGCAGGAAGUGCUCAGUUUGGUGACUCUUUCCAGCAGGCACUUAUUCUCUGUCCCCCAACCUUGCAAGGUCUCCCACCCAACCCAAGAAAAACAGCGGGAUACUCUGUGUGUAUGGAAAAUACAGUACCACUGGUGACACAAGCUUCUGCCAUCCAGCCUCUACAGAUCAGACCAGCGCUCAUUACACAGCAAGCGUGGUCAAGUCAUGGCCAGCAGAUCCUGGUGCCUACCUGGCCCCAGGUGACCUCUGUGGCACCUUCAGCAACAACUAUGGCCUCAGAAUCAGUGGCAGGUCCACACAGACUAGCGAAUUGGGGGAAAGUUCAUUCUCUUGGCAACCAUUACAGCUCCAUGAUACCCCACCACCAGCCACUGUUAACCAACCCAAUGGCUAUGUCAGCUCACCAGCCUAUCAGCAUAGGGAUCGCUCAUGUGGUGUGGCCCCAGCCAGCUGCUAACAAGAGAAAUAAACCAUCUUCAAACAGAAGUAACAACUUCAUCCACAGCACCAAUUCCCAAAACUCAUCAUGCCAGUACCCAAAGAUGGUAGACCGUGCCAAAAACACAGAGGAGGCGGCAGCGGAUUGUGUAGUGGAGGCGGAGUCAGAGACGGUGCCAGAGGAUGAGCCUUUGUGCUGUAAAGCAGAACCAGAGUACGAAGACUCAGCUGUGUCUCAGAAGCAGAGACCGACCAUUGUGAUCGCAGACUCUCCGAGCCCUGCACGCAGCGUCAUCAGUAUCAGCAGUGAAACAGAUGAGGAGGGGCCAGACACUCAGAAACAUUCACUAGAGUGUAAGGGUAGUCCCGAGUGUGAGGCCUGUCACAGCACAAUGAAUAUGGAGCGUGUGUGUUCCUUGAGCAGUCCCGAUUCAACCCUUAGCACCAGUUCAUCUGCUUCAGAACAGUCAAGCGCUUCCCCCUGCAAUAGACCCAACAGCAUGUCAGAUGAUGAGUGUGAGAGCGGAUGUGAUACGGUAGACGGCUCGCCAGCGUCGGUGUCCUCCAGUCAAGCUGACAGCCCCUUUCUGGAGGCCACCUAUAUUAAUAACAACAACCAGAACUGCAAAGCCAAUGGAGCUACAGAGGCGGAGUCUACCAAACUGCCGGUCCGCACCAUGGUGGUGCCACCCAUGCGUGUUCAGAAUAAUGAGCUGAUGGGCCGCAGAGAGGCAUCAUGCCCACCCAAAGGCCACAGUGGUUACAACAGACAGCCGUCCUACGCAACGUUACUGGUGAAUCGCCAGCAGAAGACAGCACAGGCUUUCCCGCCCCUGCAGCCCUCUCAACAACAGCUGCCCUUUGGACAGGUCCAACAUUAUGGCUCGUCCCACCAGGAGUGGAACGGAAACUACAGCAACUGUCGACCUCAGGCAUUCAUCCCACCCACUGUUCAUGGCCACACCUUCACGCUGCCUCACGGAAGUCCCACCCACCCAGCCCACCCUCCUCAAACGCACUUGGGCGUCCACCCUCACACCCAUCCGACUUUACUGUCCUACCCCACUUCAGGCCCCCUGGUGACAAAUGCCCCAAUGGCCCACCUCUUGGCUUCACCUGGGUCCACAAGGAAUCAUGUGUUUCAGCCGGCUUAUGGCCUCACUCAUCCGACGGGACACCUUGUGCACCAGGUCACUGUGGGACUCAACCGCCUCUUGCCUUCUCCAACACUUGGUCAAUUCAAGCCUAUGUUCCCACCACACUCCUUCAUCGCAUCACCUGCAUAUGCAGGCUUCCCCCUCAGUCCCACCAAACUAAACCAGUACCCAUACGUCUGAGACUCGCCCCUCAGCCCUAUGGAUGUGCCACAAACACAGACAUAACGCCAGGCUCACUGUAGAAACCACAAACCACCUGGUUCCCGCACACAAAGCCAUGGCACAAGAGAGAAAGCAAGCAGUUUCUCUGAAUCACGUGGACUUGACUGAGUGCAAUUAAAAUGAGCUUUAAAAGAGGUAACAUUUGGAAAGUCUUUGGCAAGUAGGUAAAGAACGUGCACGGUUGAGAAGCAAGCGAUUGGAUGAAUAAGAAAAACUUUUUUUGCACAUUUGAUACAUCACCUUUUCAGAUUUUCAGAUCUUCAGAUUUGAGAGCUCCUCUAAUGAACAUCAAAAUCGGAUGGUGUCCAAAAUCAUGUGAUGGUCAACUUAUUUUUAUACAUUGCCUUUACCUUGUAUACAACACACGUUUGUUUGUAAAGGCAGCCCUGUAUGUUGUUCACAACAUAAAAUGUGUCCACUUGCCGUGUUUUCUUGCGUUCCAAGUAUUUGUACUUUUCUCUGCAUAUUUGGUGUCGUUUGGAAUGGAGUCUCCUAAAGGAGUUGUUCGUCACAUGCUGCAUGUGUUGCAUGAUGUUGAUCAGAGAGAAGCCUAUAGGGGUUCUUGAUGUGUCUAGAGGCUCGCUGCAUUGUUGUCUCCAGCCAUAGUGCCUUAUAUAUCGGCAGUUUGUGUUCUACUAUCUCUCUGUGUGUGUAUAUACAGUGUGUAUUCGUGUCCUGGACUGCAGCACUUGCAAUUCAAAUCAGUCUGUGCAUUCUUUGUGUGUGCGCGUGUGAAUAUGUGUUACACACUGGUGUAUUAUUUCAUUCAUAGAAAGGCAUCAAUGUACUGCAUUGCACAAACCGCAGUGCUGAUUUUUGGAUCCAUUGUAUAUGUGAGAUGUAGUGAGUUACUUUUUGCGUUACUUCAUCGAAAGACGGCAUGCUUUUGCUGCUGCAAAUGCUUGCUGUUGAAUUCUUAUUUGUUCAUUUUUUCGUUAUCUUAAACUCACUAGAUGUGUAGAGAAUACAAUGAAUUUCUAUUAAGAAAAAUCUACUAAACUAACAGUAUUUGUACUGUUUAGUUGAAAUGCAAUACUAUCUAUAUAGUUAGUUUUUUGUUUUUAGUUCCUUGGGUUUGUGUGUGUUUGUGUUUGCUGUGGUGGGCAUGGCUUCGACUAGAUGAAGACACAAAUGCAAAUAUCGGUCUUUGAUUCAGGGUCAUGGAUUCAUCUUAGCCUGAGCAGACCAUGCAGUAUUUGAUGUAUAGACACAUAUUAGUAUAUAUCUAGUAGAGCUAGUUUAUUUAGUGCUGAAGCUUGACACGGUGUGUUUUUAAGGUGUGCAAUUAUCAUUUAUGCACGUGUGAAUCUAUAUUUUUUUCUUAAUUAUAUCAUAUGUUGAAAGCUUGUUGGAAACUGCAUUUUAUACAUUCCGUCAGGGAGAAAUAAAUAUAUUGUGCUAUAUAUAUAUAUAUAUAUAUAUAUAUAUAUAUAUAUAUAUAUAUAUAUAUAGUGUGCAUUUUUUGUUUUUAGUUUGUUCUGCUUGGUUUGUGUGUUUUUGCCUCUCAAAUGAGGUUGCUUGUGAAUCACCAAAGACUGUAAUUUGAAGGCUCUGUUCCAAACCUAGUGAUCUGCCUAAGCAGGCAGAUUUCAAGGCAUUGUAGAUACACUCCUGGUGCAAAAGCUACCUGAGAUUCACUUUCAUGGAAAGAUAUCAGCCUCCUCUGCUUUAACAUUGUUAAUCCAAAAUGAAUGUUUAGAUGCAAACAUGUUUAAAGGGAUGCUCCACCCCAAAAUGAAAAUGUUGUCAUUAAUCAUUCAUCUAAGAUAUUUUGGAUGGAAACCGGGAUGCCUGUGACUGUCCCAUAGACUGCCAAGUAAGUUACACUGUUGAGGUCCAGAAAAGUAUGAAAGACAUUGUCAGAACAGUCCAUCUGCCAUCAGUGGUUCAACCGUAACGUUAUAAAGCGGCAAGAAGCAAAAAAUAAAUAACGAGUCAAUUCAACAAUUCCUUUGUAAACAAUCUUCUCUGUGUCACUCCAUAUGCUGCAUAGUGUAACUUAAAUGGCAGUCUAUGGGACAGACACAGGUCUCCUGGUUUUCAUCCAAAAUAUCUUAAUGUGUUCUGAAGACGAACAAAGCUUUUAUGGGUUUGGAACAACAUGGGGGUAAGUGAUAAAUGACAACAUUUUCAUUUUGGGGUGGAGUAUCCCUUUAAGAUCAGCUGAGAGGGUGUCGAUUUGUUAGUAAGAUUCCUCUCAAAAGUAGAUUAUUCAGCAUAUUGAAGCAUCAUGUCUAAGAUGCGUUCUGUAUGUCUAAUGAGAUAUCGACUGACAUCAGUAAUACAAGUGAUGCUAUGUGGCUAAAAUGGUAGAGCAUUGUGUUAGCAGCGCAAGGUUGUGGGUUCAAUUCCCAGGGAGCAGGUUAAGUAAAAAAUGUUAGCCUGAAUGCACUGUACGUCACUUUGGAUAAAAGCAUCUGCUAAAUGCAUUAAUUUAAUUUAAUUUAAUUUAAAAUGUUCAUGUUUGGUAAUUUUUUUCUUUUUCUUUGUGAGCAGUGAAAACGACAGCAAGGCAGCUCGUUAGGCUUUGGAACAGAGCCAUUUGUCAGAGCAAGGUAGCUACUCUUUCUGCAUAGACCUCACGUAUACUAAAGUAAUUAUAGUCAUGGGGUACAUUUCGAAAAUUGUAUUUAUAAAAAUGGCUGAGGUUAUGUUUAGCUUUUUGAACAAGUAAUAAGUUGUAUCAUCUAUCUUGAAUGUAUCGUAGACAAGCUGCUAUAUAUUGAUUGCCACUUCAGAUAGCUGUGAAAUUAGAUUAGACUAGUUCAUAUCUGCAUUCGUUUAUUUGUAUGGGUCUUUCUGAUUGCCUAAACUAGAAGUGGAUUUUGAUUUUAAGUAAAUUUUUUGCUUCAAUGUUUGGAGUGUCAUUGUAACUACUGUACUGCUGAUACUGGACAUUUAAAAUAGUUUUUCUCUCUUUUUUUUUUCAAAUCAGUAUUGUAUCUUCAUAACCGUUCUGACUCAUCACUGCAUAUUAAUGGAUGUAUUUGUGUAACUUAAUUUUUGUAUGCUUACCUGUUUAUCUGUUUUUGACUUGUAAUAUCUUGCAGGAUUGAUUUAACUUCAUUCUAAUGAACAGUUAUACUGCAGUGUUUUAUAAAUACAAACAUCUGUAAUUUUAUUACGUCCCCCCCCCCCCUCUCUCUCUCUCAUUUAAUAUGAUAAUCAGCCCCAUAACCUCAUGCCACUAAGCACUUACUAAAACUCUAGUACAGUGGUGUGAUUAAAAUAAUUUAGUGUCCAGAUGAAUUGUGAUUUUUAUUCAUGUUUGUCAUUUGAAAAUUGAGAACAUGUUUGUAACAAAUUAUCUCUGGUGUCAGCUGAUGUGUUAUAUUCAUGUUUGGUCAUGGUCAUGGUUUUCUUUUUUUCUUUUUUUUCUGAGCAGUGUAAGCAACACUGUGUGUGCCUUGAUUAUGAUAUAUUGGUAAUGACACAUUCACUUUGCAAAAUCAAGUAUUCAGCUCACCCAUUGACCAGACCAAAUAUAAGAAACAACAAACAGUAUAACUUUCCAUUCCAGGGAUCGAAAGGGUUAUAUGCACGUUUUAAAAAAAAAUAAUUUGAGUUAUUAAUCACUAAUAUAUGUCUAGUUAAUGUAAAUCAGCUAAUUUAAACUUUUUUAAAUUAUUAUUUUUUUUAUAUAUUCUAAUUUCAGUCUUUGCAUUAAUAAGAAUGUAAUGUAUUGCACCCUGUGCAUGUUUCGAUCCCUGUGAAAUGGCAUCCACCAGCAUUUAGCCUGAAUACAUCCAAUGACAAUACAGAAAAAAUAAACUGUAUUCAACACUUUCAAUAUUGAAUGUUUAUAUUUAAACAAAUUAAAAAAGGAUAUGGGUGAUUUCUGUGGAACUCUUUUCUAUUAACAGCAACAUUCAAUAAACAUUAUUGCCACCGUUUUAAUGACA